UGCCGUGCACCAAUCCGCCCGUCGUUACGGAGUGAAGUGCGUCUCUCUGGAGCAAACACCGGCUGAGAGAAGCGCAGCAAACAAGAGAAAGGAUUAAAUAUCCGGGCUCGUUUCCACCUGGACUACCCCGAGCACCGCACAGCCCCCGUCGACUCUUAAAUUAAAACAUUAAAAUCUCCAUGUGGAAGCUGGGCUAAAAGGAGAAAGAGCUGGGGAAGGCGACUAGCUGAAUUACCAAACCGAGCUCGUUGGAGUAGCCUAGUUGCCUCCCAAGCGACGCUUUAAAAAAAAAAAAGCGGAUACAUUUAGCUCGUACAGUGGUGAAAAUGGACUAUGAUUUUAAGGUAAAGCUGACCGGCGAAAGAGAGCGUGUCGAGGACCUGUUUGAGUACGAAGGAUGCAAAGUGGGAAGGGGCACCUACGGUCAUGUAUACAAGGCGAAGAGAAAAGAUGGGAAGGAUGAUAAAGACUACGCCCUCAAGCAGAUUGAAGGCACUGGCAUCUCCAUGUCAGCCUGCAGAGAGAUCGCACUGCUGAGGGAGCUGAAGCACCCCAAUGUCAUCUCACUGCAGAAGGUUUUCCUGUCGCAUGCAGACCGUAAAGUAUGGCUGCUCUUUGACUACGCCGAACAUGACCUCUGGCACAUCAUUAAGUUCCACAGAGCGUCCAAGGCCAACAAGAAGCCACUUCAGCUGCCUAGAGGGAUGGUCAAGUCUCUGCUUUACCAGAUUCUGGAUGGCAUCCAUUACCUCCACGCCAACUGGGUCCUCCACAGAGACCUUAAACCAGCGAAUAUAUUAGUGAUGGGAGAAGGACCAGAGAGGGGUAGAGUAAAGAUAGCGGACAUGGGGUUCGCCCGUCUCUUCAAUUCACCGCUCAAGCCUUUAGCCGAUCUCGACCCGGUGGUGGUCACCUUCUGGUACAGAGCACCUGAACUGCUGCUGGGGGCUCGGCACUACACCAAAGCCAUCGACAUCUGGGCGAUUGGCUGCAUUUUUGCGGAGCUGCUGACGUCUGAGCCCAUAUUCCACUGUCGCCAGGAGGACAUCAAGACCAGCAACCCUUACCACCACGACCAGCUGGACCGCAUCUUUAAUGUCAUGGGCUUCCCUGCUGACAAAGACUGGGAGGACAUCAAAAAGAUGCCAGAGCACUCAACGCUGAUGAAAGACUUUAGGAGGAACACAUACACAAACUGCAGCCUUAUAAAGUACAUGGAAAAACAUAAAGUUAAACCAGACAGCAAAGCAUUCCACUUGCUGCAAAAGCUAUUGACCAUGGACCCCAUCCGUAGAAUCACAUCCGAGCAGGCCAUGCAGGACCCCUACUUUUUAGAGGAGCCUCUACCCACCUCUGAUGUGUUUGCUGGCUGUCAGAUCCCUUACCCCAAGAGGGAGUUCCUGACUGAAGAGGAGCCAGAGGACAAGGCAGACAAAAAGAACCAGCAGCAGCAACAGGGAAACAAUCACACGAAUGGGGCGGGACACACCGGUAACCAAGACAACAGCCACGCCCAGGGCCCGCCUCUGAAGAAAGUGCGAGUUGUCCCACCCACCACUACCUCAGGUGGCCUCAUAAUGACCUCAGACUACCAGCGCUCCAAUCCACAUGCUGCCUACCAGAACCCUGGACCAAGCACAUCACUGCCCCAAAGCAGCAUGGGAUACUCCUCUACCUCCCAACAGCCUCCCCAGUACUCCCACCAGACCCACCGCUACUGAACCCCCCCAUCCCCGCCCUCAGCACACAUACACACACAUUUAUAGACACAUGUACACACACACAGCCCUCACCACGCCAACCUGAACGAAUGUACUGAGGGAUGUGGGGACGUCUAAGGCAACAAACCCUGCCCCCGCCCGCCCCCCCGCUUCCCACAGAGAGCACUUUCUCUGCAGCAGUCCGUUAGGCCAGAAUGGCAACAGUCGUCACUUUUUUUUCUCCCGGUUAAUACACCACAACCCCAGUAUUAGAAACACUGCUUUAAAGCAAAACUCGAUAGGUGAAACACAAGGCUGGGGGGUGAGAAGAAAGGACGAUUGAAUCCAACCUGCCGUAAACAAACCAACCACGAGGGGACGGCUCGGUUUGGAGGACGCGUGUCAAUCUUUGGUGUCAUGUCUUCCCCUCUUCUUCUUCUUCUCCUUCUCCUUUUACUUCUCCUUCAUCACCUGUCUCCUCCGCCUACGCCCUACCCCAGCCAGCUGCCCCUCUUCCUGUCAAAGCUUGGAUGAGACUGAAAGCUGCUAUGUGACUGCCAGCGUUGACAGAUUCCCUGUCCAACUCCCGUCUGUCUCUGUCUGUCUGUCUGUCUGUCUGUCUGUCUGUCCGUCCGUCUUUUAGUUUAUUUGUGUGUGCGUGGCCCUGUGAGGGCCUCAGCUGAGGACUGAACUGUGCUGCUGUGAAGCAUGGUGGGAGGAUCCGGAGCCCCCACAGCUGUGGCAUUUGUUCAGAGAGGACAAAAAAAAAAAAAAGAAAAAAAUGACAAAAAAAGAUUUUAGUAGUUUAUAAUUUAAUCUGUUUUCAUGGUUUUGUUUCAUGGCAAAAAAGAGCAGCGGAAGCGCCUCACGUUAGCCGAGGGCCUCGAGCUGCCGUACGCUGUGGGUGAGCCUUACAACAUGGUGACAAAACCAACCAAUCGCAUGGAGGAUGGCAGAUGGAACAUGCAUUGUACUGUAUUGUAUUGAAAUAUUUUACAUGAAGCAAGUAUCCUGACAAUAAAAGUGGAAACGUUUA